AUGGCGGCGGCGCCCGAGGCCUUCCUGGUGCCGCCUCCGCCGCCUCCGCCCCCCGCGGCCCCUCAGAGACCCCCCGAGACCCCCCGGCCCCGCAACGGCCUCCGCGCCGCCGGCGGCGGGGGCGGGAAGCGGCGCAGCAGCUGCGGGGCCAAGCAGCCGGCGUGGAAGCGGCGGCGCCGCGCGGCCUCGGAGUGCGGGCCGGUGCUGCCGUCGGAGUUCCUGCUCGGCGGGAACAUCUUCGACCCGCUCAACCUCAACAGCCUCCUGGACGAGGAGGUGAGCCGGGCGCUCAACGCGCGCACCCCGCAGUCCUCGCCGCUGCCGGCGCGGGGCAGGGACCCCGUGGAGAUCCUGGUGCCGAGGGACAUCACGGACCCGCUGAGCCUCAACGCGCCCGGCGACGACGGGCCCGAGGUGCGGCUGGCGAGCCCCGCCAAGAGCGGCCGGAGGAGACACCGGCACCGCGGGCAGCAGCGGGCCAACAGCGCCAGGAACAGCGCCAGCAGCACCGCGAAUAACGGCGGCGGCGGCGCCGGGAGCAAUGUCGGCGGCGCCGGGAAUAACGCCGGCGGCAACGGCCCCGAGGAGCCCCCCGAGCCCGGCCCCACCGGCCGCCACCGCAAGCGCCGACGGACUUGCAGCAAAUCCGAGGGGCCGCGCCCGCCGCCCCCCCCUCCCGCCCAGAACCACGAGAAGCCCCCGCAGGAGAAACCCCAGGAGAAGGCGGGGAAGCCCCCGGGAAAGGCGCCGCGGCGCCAGGAGCGCAAAUUCCAGUACGGGAACUACUGCAAGUACUACGGGUACCGCAACCCCGACGUGGAGGACUCGCGGCUGCGGGCGCUGCGCCCCGAGUGGUUCGCGGGCAAGGAGGUGCUGGACGUGGGGUGCAACGUGGGGCACCUCACCCUGAGCAUCGCCAAGCGCUGGGGGCCCAGCAGGGUCGUGGGGCUGGACAUUGACGGGCGGCUCGUGCGCUCGGCGCGGCAGAACAUCCGCCACUACCUGUCCGAGGGGCUCGGGGAAGGGCAGGGAGGGGAGAGGAGGGGGUUUCCAGCCGCGCUCUUGGCCAGCCGGGGCCCCAUCGCGGCCCCGCAGCUCCCCCCGGACGGGCCCGGGGCCGCCGAGUUCCCGCACAACGUGGUGUUCGUCACGGUGAGCGCGGGGUCUGGGGGGGCCCGGAGGGGGCCU